AUGAGUGGUGCCAGCCUAAAAUGGUACCUGAAGCACCUCCAGGAGGGAAGAACUCCUGAGGAGGCCGAAAGAUUAGCAAAGAACAGAGUCAGAGGCAACAGUGCCUCCCCGACCUCGAAGGUGCGUAAGGGCGCAAACACCGCAUCCAGUAAGGGUAGCAGCGGGAUUCGGGCCAGCGGUCGUGUCAACGCAGAUCCAACCGCUAAGACUGGCAGUGUCAGGAUAGCAACCCCGGCAGCCAAACGCAAGAGCAGCCAAAUUACGCCACAGAAGCCACCAAACUCCAAGAGACAACGGGGCAGCUACGCCCAGGUAGCUAGGGGCCAGCUCUCUGCACCGAAUCCUUCGCGGGCAGCUGAGGGACAGCGUAGAUAUGCGGAUGCCUUAAAGGGCAUACGGAUGGCUGUGCUGCCCCUGAACUACCCCGCGGAGAUUCUGAAAGCAGCGGAGCUUACCGCUCUACAAAAUCUCCUCAUGGAGGAGGUGUACAGGGGCUGCAAGGACCCAGUACGCUUCCAUGGGGUACACUUCAAGGGCGGAUUUAUGCAGCUCGACUGCAGGAAUGAAGACAGCGUCAACUGGCUAAGGGAGAUCGCUCCCAAGCUGACUGGCUGGAAAGGCCCCACUCUUUGCGUCAGGAGGGGAGAGGACAUCCCGAUCAUGCACAGUAUGACGGUACUCCUCCCAAGAUGCGAGGGGAAACACUUCGAAUUUGCUCUGGGGCUCCUCAGGAAUCAAAACAGAGGGAUCAAUACCUCGGCCUGGCGAGUUGUCGACAGCAAAAUGGAGGGUGCCGGAUGGAGGUUAAACCUGUGCGUGAACGACGAGUCCUACAAAGUCAUCCGAAAGGAGGGCUUCCGCCUGAGCUAUCGGUAUAGUGAGGUAGUCAUAAGGCCCUACAAACCGAAGACUACAGAAAAAGAAGACGAGAAGAUGCAGGUGGACGAGGAAUCUACUCGUCCCAGCACCAUGACAGUCGAGCAGGUUUCAACUGCGAAAACAACUGCGGAAGUCCCAGCAGUGAAGCCGACCACGGAAGAGGGGGAGCUACCCUCUACGCAGGAGCUCUUGGAGGGACUCGAAGACCUUAUAGGUACUGCGGGGGACGGGGCAGAUGAGGACCAGUUCCUCAUCGAACCGAUCCUAUAA